AUGGGCACCACGUCAACGAGCAUGAACGAGCUGUGGCAUAUUGUUGCUGUCACCUCCAACAAAUUGCGCGUCACCUCAAGUCAGACACAAGAUGACCUACGGCGUUUGGCCCUCCUCUGCAACACCCUCGAUCAAAACAUGUUGCUGCUACAUUCAAUGAUGGCUGUGUCAAUGAUCCACGACAGCAAAGAAGAGGCCCUGCCAGGAGACGAGCUUUACGCUUCUCUGAACGAGUCUGAAGGCUCUGACGUUUACGAAGACGUUGAUGUCACCUACGGUGUUGAUUCUCUAGUUGGCAAGGAGAAGCCCCAGUCGCAGGAAACAAAUUAUGGUUGA